GGUAGGAGAGAGAGAGAGGGAGGGUGGGCGUGUGUUAGGAUCUAGGAGGACAGCAGAGAAGAAGAAGAAGAGGAGGCAGCAGCAUCUUUAAAAAACGAAGAAGAAGAAGCGUCCUCCAUCGUCUCGCCGCUCAGGACUUUUCCAGAACACUUCCUUCGGACCCACCAGCCCGCCCGUCGCCAUGAACUACCUUCGCCGGCGCCUGUCCGACAGCAGCUUCGUGGCCAACCUGCCCAACGGCUACAUGAUGGACCUGCAGAGGCCCACGCCGCCGGGGUCGUCCACCUCCUCCCCGGCCUCGCCCGCCACGGAGCGGCGCCAGCCCCCCGCCCUGCCCACUCAGACUCAGGCCCCGGCGCCCAGCCCCGCCGCGGGGACGGCCAGCUUCCUCAGUUCCUUCUCCAGCGUGGUCAAGAGCGCCCAGCUGGCGCAGAACGUCGCCGCCGCCGCGCACGCCAAGUCGGCAGCGGCGGCGGUGUCUGCCGAGGGAGCACCGCCAGGGAGCAGUCAGCCCGCCAAACCUGCGGUCCGCAAGCCUCAAGUCCUGUUGGUCAUCGAUGAUCAGCACACGGACUGGGCCAAGUAUUUCAGAGGCAAGAAGCUGAACGGGGAGUACGAGAUCCGAGUCGAGCAGGCAGAGUUCUCCGAGAUCAACCUGGCCUCCUGCGUGACCUCGGGCUGCACGGUGGACUUGCAAGGCAGCAAGGCUGGCACCAAAGUGCUCAGGUCCGUCAAACCCGACUUUGUGCUGAUCCGCCAGCAUGCCUACUCCAUGAUCCCAGGAGAGGACUUCAGGAACCUGGUCAUCGGCUUGCAUUUUGGCGGCGUGCCCGCUCUCAACUCUCUCUUCUCCAUCUACAACUUCUGCAGCAAGCCUUGGGUGUUUUCUCAGAUGAUCAAGCUCUACCACGCCCUGGGCGCUGACAAGUUCCCCCUGAACGAGCAGACCUUCUAUGCCAACCACAUGCAGAUGGUUGCCAGCCCUUCCUAUCCGGUGGUGGUGAAAAUGGGUCAUGCGCACUCCGGCAUGGGCAAAAUCAAAGUUGAAAAUCAGCAGGACUUCCAGGACAUCACCAGCGUGGUGGCGCUGGCCGGCACCUACGCCACGACCGAGCCCUACGUCCAGUCCAAGUACGACAUCCGCAUCCAGAAGAUCGGCAGCAACUACAAGGCCUACAUGCGGACUUCAAUUUCUGGGAACUGGAAGGCCAACACGGGGUCGGCCAUGUUGGAGCAGAUCGCCAUGACUGACAGAUACCGAGUGUGGGUGGACUCCUGUGCCGAGAUGUUCGGUGGUCUGGACGUGUGUGCAGUGAAGGCCGUGCACGGGAAAGACGGCAAGGACUACAUCAUCGAGGUGAUGGACAGCUCCAUGCCUCUGAUUGGUGAGCAUGUGGAGGAAGACAAGCAGCUGAUCACAGACUUAGUCCUCCACAAGAUGGCCCAAGUGCUGCUGGGAGUUUCCUCACCGCCGCCACCUUCAGUCAAGACCACACAGCCCAGGCGAGGGGGAAACCGCUCAGGCUCCGCCUCCCCGUCGCAGUCGGCCCAAGGGUCUCCGCAGCGAGCCCGCUCGGCCAACACCUCCCCCAGCCAGGCCUUCCAGCCCGGACCCCUGCCUGACGCCUCCGGGCCUGGGGCUCCCAAACAGACCCCGCAACUCAACAAGUCGCAGUCGCUGACCAACACCUUCACGGAGACUCUGCGAGGCAGCGUGACCGACGACGAGGCCAAAGCCGAGACCAUCCGCAGCCUCCGCCAGUCCUUCGCCAGCCUCUUCUCCGACUGAGACUCCGCCUCCUCUCUGCUUCCGGUCCCUCCGCCCGGGAGUCUCCCAGCUUCAUCUUCCGGUUUCCUUCUGUCUUUCUUGUGCUAUCGGCUUCUCUUCCACCCCUGUUUAGCUUUCACUUUCUUUUCAAACAACUUUUUCUGCGCCUGCACGGGUGUUACAAGUGCGGCCUAACUUAACAAUCACUUACUGUACGAUGUCUGCUCUCCCUGGGAUACAGUUCAAAGUGCGGACUGACUUAAAGGGGAACUGCACAUGGUGGGGAAUUUUGUUAAUCAUUUAAAAUCCUUAUGGAAGACAACUAAUUUUUUAUGCAUUCUAAUCAUAAAUUAACACUAGCAAAAGUCAGCUAACAAAACCUCCAUCACCCUUUUACAAGUAUAUAUGUAGUAUCUAGUAACAUUCCUAAUAACAUGUGAAAUGUACGUAUUUUGCUCAUUUUAAGCAUACGACACGUUUGCUUUUCUCUUAAACAACAACAACACCAGCACUAAUCCUGGCAGACUUGAUGAGAGACAACAAAGACUACUUUUUGGGACAAAUGAUGAUCUGGAAAGUUCUAUUUUUGAGCCUGAACAUAAGGAGGAGGAGUACGGUGCUAAACAGAUGCAGUUUUAGUCAAAAACUAAACAUCAUGUAGCAGUAUUGCUAAGUGCUAAACAAGAUAUGCAAACAUGAUACAACAAUCACUUACUGUACGAUGUCUGCUCUCUCUGGGAUAAAGUUCAAAGUGCGGCCUAACUUAAAGGAAAACUACACGUUGUGGGGAAUUUUUUUUACCAUUUAAAGUCCUUAAGGAAGACAAGUUAUUUUUGAUCCAUUCUAAUCAUAAAUAAACACAAGCAAAAGUCAGCUAACAAAACCUCCAUCUCCUUUCUAUAAGUAUACAUGUAGUAUCUAGUAACAUUCAUAAUAACAUGUGAUAUGUACGUAUUUUGCUCAUUUUAAGCAUAUGCGUUUGCUUUUCUCUUAAAAACAACACUACUACUAAUCAUGGCAGACUUGAUGAGAGACAACAGAGACUACUUUGGGGCAAAUGAUGAUCUGGAAACGUCUGUUUUUGAGCCUGAAUAUAAGGAGGAUGUUGUAAGAGUUUUAGAAGCUGUGUGCUAAACAGAUGCAGCUUUAAUCAAACACUGAGCAUCAGGUAGCAGUAUUGCUAAGUGCUAAACUACGAACAUAAUAAAACUGUCACUUACUGUACGAUGUCUGCUCUCACUGGGAUCAAGUCCAGUCCGUGCAGUUCAAUUUAUUUAUUUAUAUCGCACAUUUAAAAAUAAAAAAAAACCCAGUUGGCCAAGACAUUGUAAAAAGGGGCUCAUUUACAAUCGUAACACGGAAGGAUAAAUAAAAUACAAUCGUAAAAUAUACUUUAAAAGAAGUGCAUAAUAUGUCACCUAAAAUACUCAAAUGUAAUAAAUAAAUAAAAAGGGUAAAAUAAGAAUAACAAAUAAAAUAUUCAAAAAAACAAAGACUGAUGGAAUGUUUAUAUCUUCCAGUUUGCAUGAGGAAAUAAUCACAAUCCUUACAAAGGGUUUGAAAAUAUAUAUAUGUCUUUUUUGUGCAUCUCCGGGUCUAAAUUGGCUGUCAAAAUUAACCAACUUGUGGGUUUAUGUCCACAACCUUCUACUAUCCAGGUGAAAGGCAUGAUUUAUGAAUGUAAAACUGUUCAUUUUGUGUAUAAACCAACUAAAACUAAGGAUUUUUAGUCGAGAAUGAACUUUCACCAACUUAGAGGCCAUGCAGCAGCUCAAUAUGUCAAUGUAGAAGUAUAAGCUAAAAAAAAAAAAUUGUUUCUCUGCGUUAGCACUUAUAAUAACAAUAUUGCUACGACGUGUAAACGGAGUAUUUCGGAGGGCUUCACGAGCCAAACCGUGUACUCCGAUUAGCCACCUCGUACUUGCCAUAUUUUACGAUUUAGAAUGCAUAGGAAAAAAAAACAUAUGUGGUCUUGUCUUACGUAAGGAUUGUGAAUUGUGGGCAUUAUUCCCCCCCAAAAAGUGCAGUUCCCCCUUAAGCGUGAAACCUUAGGAAAGAGGAUCGGGGCCACAUUGAAAAGACGAGGAUAUGACAUAAGAAUAAUAAUACAUGUUGCAAUAUAUUGAUAUAUUAUAUUUAUAUAAUAUAUUGAUAUAUUUAUAUAAUAUAUUUCAUAGUUGAACAUGUCUUUAUCCACGUUGCAAAUUUUAAAGGGGAUCAAUGGGGAUUUUAUUUUUUCUGAGGUGUAAAUGUUGCAAUGUUGGAUACUUGUGGUAAAAAAAUGAAAUUAACAUAAAUGGAAAUAGUAAUAUAAUAAACAAAAUUUAAAAAAAAAAAGUAAAAUAAAGUAUUGAUGCGAUACAAUCUUGGCAUGUGGCUGAUAACACCAACCUUGCAACAUAAAGGAGUGUAUCCGAUGUAGUGGCCGGUUGAAUCUACAUUAUAGAAUGUUUAGGAACCGGGUGUGGACUUCUAGAUAUAUAUUACAUUUAAAGUGUGGGCAUCGUUAAAGAUUAAUGAUGUUACGGGGCGGUAUAGCUCGGUUGGUAGAGUGGCUGUGCCAGCCACUUGAGGGUUCCAGGUUCGAUCCCCGCUUCACUGCCGUUGUGUCCUUGGGCAAGACACUUUACCCACCUUCUCCCAGUGCCACCCACACCACUUUAAAUGUAUUUUACAUAUUGGGUUUUCACUAUGUAAAGCGCUUUGAGUCACUAGAGAAAAGCGCUAUAUAAAUAUAAUUCACUUCGUUUAGUUUUGGAGGGGGCGGGGCCUGGUGUCAUUUGCAAUCCGGGAACUAGCAGAUGAAUAAAUCAGGUUAUAAAAGUGACUGUGAAGCAAAAUUUAUGCACGUAUAUGAAUAAAUGAUAAAUGGGUUUUACUUGUAUAGCGCUUUUCUACCUUCAAGGUACUCAAAGCGCUUUGACACUACUUCCACAUUCACUCAUUCACACACUGAUGGAGGGAGCUGCCAUGCAAGGCGCUAACCAGCACCCAUCAGGAGCAAGGGUGAGGUGUCUUGCUCAGGACACAACGGACGUGACCAGGUUGGAACUAGGUGGGGAUUGAACCAGGGACCCUAGGGUUGCGCACGGUCACUCUCCCCACUGCGCCACGCCGUCCAUGUGUGUUUACAU